AUGGGAGGCACGAGCACGACGUUCUCGCAGAAAAGACCAGUUCAAGAGACUCCAGGAACUACAGCCUACGUGACGGCGAAACGAUUCAAUGCCAGACAACGGAUGCAAGAAAUGGAGAAACGUGUGACGAUGAACGAAGACACCCAAAAUGCAGCGGGGUUAGAAGUGGCCAACCUGACGGCCUAUUUCAGGGAGGACGCAAAUAGACGUGCCGACGCCGAAGAAAAACGUCGUCGAGAAGAUCUCAACGAGCGAAGAGAAACUGAACGAAAGGAGAGAGAAGAGAGAGAGCAAACUCGACGAGAAGAAGAGAACAGACGUGUCCAAGAGCUGGCUGAAAGGCGCAGGCAAUUCGACGAACGAAUGAAGCUUGACAGGCAGGAAGCUGGGGAAAGACACCAGCAAAUGAUGAUCUUACUCUCAGCAUUCAUGCCAAAAAAGCAAGGGUCUCAGAAGGAGGACGAAAACUCAACGCAUUUGUAG